GGGCAGUAACUCUAUGCAGUAACGGGAAACGAUACGUCUACUGUCAGUUUUCUUCUGCAAAAAUGAAUUAAGUUAUGAAGUGCGUGGUGACUUUAAAAUGCAAUUUAUGUAAUUUCACCUUCGCAUGUUAGAAUUAGCAGUUCGUUUUAAAGUCAGAGAAAGAAAUGUCGGUCCAACUGGUCGAUGCAAGUGGUAAAGAUGAUUUAAAGACGCAGUUUGUGACUCGGGAAGGCGAGUAUAGAUUAAUGACGCUGUCGGAAUACUCUCGUCCAAACCGUGUUGGAUAUCAAAAUAAUCAAAGUAAUCCUCAAGUAAGGGUUUCUUUAAUAACAUUACCAUCGCAAGUCGCGCAGCAAGCUCAGGGAAGCAGCAGCCACAGCGGGAGUUCAAAUCUAUCAUCAACGCAACCCGGAAGUUCGAGCUCGGUGAUGUGUUCAAAUGGACUGGAACAAAAUGCUAUCAAUGGAAUCUCACCGAACUGUACUCCACCCAUUGGAGGCGACAGAAUAUGUUUCAAUUACGGAAAGGAACUGUAUGUUUAUGCAUAUCGGGGAGUGAAAAAGGCUUCAGAUUUGAGUAAACCAAUCGACAAAAAAUUGUACAAGGGAACGAAUCCAAGCUGUCACGAUUUCAACGCAUCUGCAGCCACAUUUGAAGGCGCUCCACUUUUGGUGGGAUUUAGCACAGGUCAAAUUCAGCUGGUUUAUCCAGGCAGGCGAGAACAAGGGAAGCUGUACAACGAAGAGCGAUUAAUCGAUAAGACAAGGGUAACCUGCCUCAAAUGGAUACCUGGCUCGGAAAACCAAUUUUUGGCAUCGCAUGCAAGCGGAUGUUUAUACAUGUAUAACGAGGAACUAUCUUGUUCACCCAUAGCUCCAAGCUAUCAGCCUCACAAGUGUGGCGACGGAUUCAUUGUGCUAUCGUGCAAGUCCAAAUCCACGCGCAACCCGUUGUAUAAAUGGUGUUUCGGUCAGCAGGAGAAUGCCAGCAUUAACGAAUUCUGCUUCUCACCAUGUGGGCAACAUUUAGCGGUUGUCUCACAGGAUGGUUUCCUCAGAGUCUUCCACUACAAUAACCAAGAGCUAGUUGGAAUAGCCCGAUCGUAUUUCGGUGGAUUUUUAUGUGUCUGCUGGAGUCCUGAUGGCAAAUAUGUGGUGGUAGGAGGAGAAGAUGAUCUUGUGACUGUGUACUCUUUAUACGAACAACGAGUUGUCGCUAGAGGACAAGGCCAUCGUUCGUGGGUUUCGGUGGUAGCCUUCGAUCCGUACACAACCUCUUAUUCGAACUGGGAUGGUGGAGAUUUUUCCGAUGACGAUAAUCCUAUUAACGAUGGUUAUAAGAACUGUUACACCCACAUAAACCACACCAGCAGUGAAGCAACGGCUACAGCCGUACGUCGUCCACCUUCCACCUGUAGGAACAGUAUAUCUGCUUCGGACAAACUUGCUACCAGUUAUCGAUUAGGGUCGGUCAGUCAAGAUACGCAAUUAUGCCUUUGGGAUAUAACGGAGGACGUUUUGCGACAGUCCAUAGGACGCCUAAGUCGCAAUUUAAGUUCAGCAGAUCCUGCAUUUUGCACAGCAAAAAGCGAAUGUUCAAGUAGUGCAAAUAAUAGUAAUAAUAGUAAACAACAAGUUGUUUCCACGAAAGAUACCGCCAAAACAGCUAAUGUAGUUUCUACAAAUGAUAACGAUACUGUGGACAAUGCUAAUUUUAAUCUAAAAAACCUAACACUAAUUGGUAAUAGUUCAAGUACUGGUAUAAAUUGUGAUGAUAGUAAUAAUAGUAACAACAGCAGUGGCAAAGGUUCAACAAACAGUGUUGAUGGAAAGCAUUCAAAAAAAUACGCUGCUAAAACAAAUAGUGUUCUGAGUUCUGUUAAAGUUUCUUCAACCACCGGUUCCGUGAACAAAAAAGAAAGAGAAGUUAACAUCGAGAAGAACGCAAAACUUGACGCGAACCAUCAUCAUAAUCAUUCAACGUUUAAUUCGAUUACACAACGGUUAUCUAGCUUUAGCUUUGGUAACAGCGGCAAUAACAGUAGCAAUAACAGUGAUAAAAGUGAGAAGAGUGAAAAAUCUGGCAAAAUCACCGCUAGCAAAAGAAAUAUCAUAUCGCUUACUGGCAAAUCCAACAGCAAUAAUAUUCAUAAUAGUGCAAACAACAACCAUUUUCGACCGUCUAACACAUUAAAUAAUACCAGUCAUGUGAACAACAAUAUUGAACAACCUAUCUCGACAUCGUCAUCCAGUAGUGGGGGUGGUACAGGUGGUGGUAUUUCGAACACAAUUUCUUCGAUAAUGACGUCGUCACUAACGAAAAACAAGCGAAUAGAUGGCACUGGUACCAGUGGCAGUGGAAGCAGCAUUGUUUCGUCAUACGAUCCAAUGAAACUGAUCGGGACACCAGCGUGUCCACGAUUCGAUGAUUGUCCAGUAUUAGAACCGUUGGUUUGCAAGAAGAUUGCCCACGAGCGAUUAACAGCGUUAAUUUUUCGAGAAGAUUGCUUUCUCACGGCGUGUCAGGAUGGAUUUGUCUACACCUGGGCUAGACCUGGAUAUAUUAACCUAACACAGCAUUUACCUCCAAGUCCAACAGCGCCAUCCGGCGGUACGGUAGUUUAAAACAAACCACAAGUAGUUGCAAUUUUAGCUCACACCUCUUUUAAAUGCCUUUCACAUGUGUUAGGGGACGUUUUUAUAGUUUUAAUAAUUGAUGCGAUCAUAAGAAAUAAGUUUGAAAAGUUUAAUCCGGAACUGUUUGUGAGUAAUAAUGAUGAUAAUAUUCUUCAUAUUUGAAUCAAAUGUGAUUUAUUGCAAUCAAUACAGCAUGAAUCAAACUAAAGCAACUUGAUUGUUUAAGCGUUCACAGUUUGGCGAUAAGACUCAUAAACACUAUGAAAUUAUUUCUGUUGAAAUGAUUAUUAUUAUCAUUGUGACACGCAUAAUCCUCUGAUCGAUAGAUACCCACGAAAAAAAAGAGAGUCAAUCCAACUAACUAAAUUUGUCUCAACCGAAAACAUGAUUUAUUGUGUUACAGAAUGAUCACGAUAUGUUCUAAACAUAGACUAGAAAGGCAAAAAUGUGAAGGAGAACAAACUCAUAAUAUCUUUAUUACACCAAAGACUAUUCAAUAAAAUUUGUUCGAAAAUGUUGGAAAAGCUGAAACAGAAGCUUAUAUGCUGUUUUGGUUUAUGAUGUUUUUGGGAAAAUGCUAAAUCUUAUAAAAAGGAAUAGUGAAAAACUGUGUUAUUAGGAUUAUUAAAUUGUACUUUUUUUAAGAGUAUAUAAUUUGAACCGACGAAGGAAAGACAAGAAUAAAAACUUUAUAAAUGAUUAUAAAAGUAACGACUAUAGUAAUAGAAAAAAAUGUCUACAAACUAGAAGCAUCAAAAAUAUAAUAUAAAU